UCAACAUGGCUAGUCAGAUAAUAAACUCAAGACUGCUCUUAUUGACCAUCCCUAUCCUUGCUUGUGUCUUUCCAUGUAGCUGUUAUGCUAGGGCAACAGAUAAAAAUGGAGCUCGCAUUAGAGGGAUGUUUGUGUUUGGAAGCUCUCUAGUUGACAAUGGCAACAACAACUUCCUCAAAAACUCAAUAGCUAAAGCUGAUUUCUUGCCAUAUGGAAUAGACUUCCCUUCUGGGCCUUCUGGUAGAUUUACAAACGGGAAAAAUGUAAUUGACCUCCUUUGCGACCAGCUUAAGCUUCCUUUAGUUCCUGCUUUCACUGACCCCUCAACUAAGGGAACGAAAAUUAUCCAUGGUGUCAGCUAUGCUUCUGGUGCUUCUGGCAUACUCGAUGACACCGGACUGCUAGCAGGCAAUGUUAUCAGCUUAAAUCAACAAAUCAGGAAUUUUGAGGAGGUCACACUGCCAGUUUUAGAAGCUGAAAUGGGAUUCCAAAGAAGAGAGUUACUUCCGAAGUAUUUGUUUGUUAUGGGAACUGGAGGGAAUGAUUACUCAUUCAACUACUUCCUGAGACAAUCCAAUGCAAAUGUCAGUCUUGAAGCCUUCACUGCCAACCUGACAAGGAAACUGUCGGGGCAACUUCAGAAACUGUACAGUUUAGGGGGUCGCAAGUUUGCCUUGAUGGCUGUUAAUCCAAUCGGGUGCAGCCCUAUGGUCAUGGCAAACCGACGGACACGUAAUGGCUGCAUUGAAGGGUUGAACAAGGCAGCUCACCUCUUCAAUGCUCACUUGAAGUCUUUAGUGGAUGUCAGCAAGGAACAAAUGCCUGGCUCUAACGUUGUCUUUGUCAAUUCUUACAAGAUGAUCAGAGAUAUUAUAAAAAAUCCCGUCUCCAGAGGAUUCAAAGACACAAACAGUGCUUGUUGUGAAGUGAUGUCCUUGAAUGAAGGAGGAAAUGGCAUCCUAUGCAAGAAAGAAGGGCAGGCCUGUGAAGACAGGAACAUCCAUGUCUUCUUUGAUGGGUUGCAUCCAACAGAAGCAGUGAAUAUUCAAAUAGCAACCAAGGCUUAUAAUUCCAACCUUACAAGUGAAGUUUACCCCAUUAAUGUCAAACAACUGUCCAUGCUUUAGCUCUGUUUCCCUCGCAGCUAAUAAUUUAUCCAGAUGGCUUGGUAAUAUAGUAGUAGGUUUGCUUUACCUUGGUAUUCUGUGUUGUACUUCCUGUCUCUCUUUCUCUGUCUAAGCUUUCAAUGGGAUAGCAGCAAGAAUUAAUCUAAUUUCCUGCAUACAAAAUUAACACCC